UCUGGCCCACCAGCAUUAAGCAUUUUUCCAGCUACGCGCACGGAUGGCUGUAUUAAGUGCUAGGAUUUGCAGAAAUGGAGCGCAUUUUUCGCUACAAAGACCAAAUAUUACACAGGUGCAGGGAACCAUGUCGUCCUGCUGGUCACUACCACUGCCCUAACUGUGAACGUACAGUGGUACGAAGAGUAGACAUGGGGAGACAUUUGAACAUAUGCCACCCCAACCUCCGCUCUACACUGCCUGACCUCCGCUCCACACAGCCUGACCUCUGCUCUACACAGCCUGACCUCCGCUCCACACAGCCUGACCUCUGCUCCACACAGAGUGACCUCCAGUCUGCACAGCCUGACCUAUGCUCUACACAGCCUGACCUCUGCUCUACACAGCCAGACCUCCGCUCCACACAGCCUGACCUCCAGUCUGCACAGCCUGACCUAUGCUCAACACAGCCUGACCUUCGCUCCACACAGCCUGACCUCCGCUCCGCACAGCCUGACCUCCAGCCUCCACUGCCUGACAUCCAGUCUGCACUGCCUGACCUCCAGUCCAACCUCCACCCUGCACUUGCAGACCACCCCUAUUCAUGUAAUCAUACAGCGCCCCCCAAGACGCCCCGACAUGUGAAGUGCCCUCACUGCACCCUUGUUCUAUACAAAAGAAAUUUGGCUCUACACAUACAAAGACAACAUGGCCUACCAAAAGACAUAACAGCAAAGUCACACCUAAAAGGUACAUGUGUAGACCAAAGCAAAGGCCUGUAUGCAGUCAGAAAAACGUCUUGCGGUUUUUCUGUCCCAAUACAUGUACAGAGAAAAACAUGGGGCCAGACAAAAGUUACAAGGUGUGAGAUGGAGGACUGCCGGCAAUACCACCUGCUCGCCCAGCGGAGUGGCCUCACUCAUAGCACCUGUCACCACAUCAGGUCCAUAGAGUACUGCAACACCUCUGCCACCGAGGUACCACUUCAACAGCAGGUCCUAGACGAAAUGCUCUUAUGCAAAUUUUUUAAUGACUCCAAGGUGGCAGUGUGUAAACACAGACAAAAAGAAGCAGAGAAUGCUCAGGCCCCCCUGUGUGUGUUGGUGGAACUUGAUGGUUCUAAAAGCAAUAUUUGCCUUUCAAUCCAUGAACCAAGGCUACACCACUACAGCACCUUGGGCAGGGUAAUAGUAACCUACAACAGAAAAAAGAACACCUGGCAUUGUCCCUGUGCAAAGGCACGCACAUCUUGUCCACAUAAACAUAUUGCGAAGUGGCACCUUUUUCAGACAGAAAAACACCUUUUCAUGACUGCAACACCAACAACAGCAUCACCACCAUCAACUCCUCUUACCACAGAGAUGGAGAGAACUGUGAGGUAUGUGUAUGGGAGCAAAAAAAUACCUGCCACUCUUCCUGAAGAGGUCACAGCUCACAGACAUUACCCUCAGCAGUUGUUUCCGACUGAAACAACUUGCCAGUUGUGUCCAGAGAACCCUAACUUAGAGGAGGCUGUGCGAGUCACCAGCAAAGCUAAAAUAGUUGGCAUGGAAGGUGUCACACAAAACAUUUCAACUUACAGAAGAAGGUGCACCAAAUGCCAAAUGAUGUACAGGUACCAGGAGUGGACAGAUGGCCUGCACAACUACAAUGACCGCGUCAUCCUGACGCUGCAGCUGUGUCAGUAUUUAAGACACAAUCUUCAGAAUCAUGUGUCUGUGUCCCGAGUCAUCAAUUCUCUUGAGACUUUGUUAAAGAUGAAGUUUCCAGCCAAUGAGUUAAUUUUUCAUGGAUACUGCCAAUUUGAGGCACUCUGCAACACAGAGUACAAAUACUCUUGUGUAAAUUGUGGCUUUUACCCUCCAGUGGUGGUUAUGGACCUCCACAGGAAAGGAGUGUUCAAUUUUGAGGUUAGUGAGCUGGAACAACCUAGGGAUGACUUUUGCGGUGAACACAACAUAGAGGCUUUCUGGGAAUCUGUUCAUCUGCACAUGAUCAGCCGAGGAUUUUUUGAGUUCUCUUCACAGAAUCCAUUUGUUGUUAAACCAACAUAUGACAACUGGGCACCUUGGAUCGGAAGGGAGACUCGUAGAGGAAGUACUGUGCUUAACACCGAGUUCGAAAAGGCCCCAGUGCAGAGCUGCUCGGCUAAACCUCAGUUAUGCGAUAUAACAGAGGACCGCCUGGUUGAUGAGCUGCUGAGGCAAAAGGUGUCCACCAUUCGCAACCUGUGCAAAUCCUGCAACAUGGACACAAAGGGGUCACGCAUGGACCUUGUGAACCGGUUACGGGGGGAAAUGAAGAGCAGGCAGACCUAUGACAAGGUGUUUCAGUCGAUUUGGGGGGCCUCUGGUGGAUGGUCUGUCAUUAUGUGCCCUCAUGGAAUUGUUUACAGCCUUAAAUUCAAUUUAAGAGCUGAAAGCCCCAGGGACUUUGCUGAUGUACUUCUGUCGUGGAAGCAUUUGCCAAAUGUCUGUGUGUAUGACUUUGCGCGGGGGUUGGUAGCCCAUACCAAUCUAAGAGUCCCAGACAACCCUCCAUUUCAGCCCUUUGAGGGAAGGCUUGCUGAGCCAACAACUAACAAUGUAGAGGCUGCCACACAUGGACAACUUAAAGUGCAUCUCCCGUGGCUGGUAGAGAGACUGAGUCAACCGGAUUCCAAUGGCCAUCCUGUGACAGGCUCAGGAAAGCACUACGUCCUCUAUGACAAAUUCCACCAGUCAAACACAAAAGAUCCACAGGAUGUGCUGCGCAGAAUCUUCAUUGCUCCUGAACUGCAGGCAACUCUGAACAGUCAGGUGGCUGAGCAACUGUUCGCUUGUCUUACUUUUGCAACUUACGCUUAUUACUUUCUAAACAACAUGGGACCAUCUGCUCACAUCUUCCUGAUGCGGAACAUCAUAGAGCACAGGAACAACCAGCAAAACAACACACUGCUGAAACGCCAGCUGAGAAGGGGUCUUCAGGUUCAAGACCUGAACAGUGUCACCCUGUCAGACUUGGGCCAAGUGCUACUAGGUGCAAAAACAUUGCCAGACAGAACAUCACAGCAAAGUCAUCCGGAAGGUCUACAGCCACCUGUAAUUGAAGUGUCACCGCAAAGUGAACCUUGUCUGUUGAACGCUUCAACUCACUGUGGGCAGGACUGUGCAGCACUGACUGUCAUUGUUAAUAUCAGGCCCUGCAGAAGUUCGUGGGGUCCUAAUGGAGUUCAUCCCCUUCAGGAAAAGCUGUUCAACUACGUACUGAAUGACAGUGGGCCAGCAAAUGAGCUCAUUGUUAAAGCUGGUCCAACAUGUCUAACCAGGGAGAAUUUACUGACCUUGGGGACAAACAGGGAGAUGGACUCUGUGGUGGGGAAUGCUUGUUUGAGGUUGGUUCAGGAGAUGGUCCAACUUCAGGGGAAAGAUGUUUUCAUCAUGGACCUUCACACGCCCCCAACAUGGCUCCCACCCAUGGAUUGUGACCCUCUGCAUAGUCUUCCUCUAAGUAUGCAGGCAUACAUGUAG